GGGCCAGGCUGGCCGUGGAAUUUGCUGCAGAACUGCGUGCACAGACCUGUCCAGCAGGGGUUCACAGGCCUAAACAAAGCAGGGAGCUGGCAGGGAGGGGGUGGGGGAAGGAACCUCUAAGAGAAAGGACGGUCCCCUCCCGGGGCACCUACUCCCCACCUAGGUGCAGCGCCUCUUCACAAACACACGUGCUGCCAAGCCCUCCAUCAGUCACUCUGGCACUGACAUCCAUAAAUCCCAUUAGUCACACCAGCACAAACACAUCCAGUCCCAUGCAGACAAAGACCGGGGGCCCCAAAGCGGCCGUGUCUGUCCCCAGUGGCUCUUUCCCCAUGCCUAGAACUGUGCAGACACCACAGGCGCUCCAUGCAAUUGUUGAACCGACAGCAAGCAGCUCUCGUAAUCAUAAACGCCCCCUGACCGCAUACAACAGGCCUCCUGAUGACCACAGUCGCCCCUUUUACCCAUUCCAGCCUCUCCCAUCCCCUCUGGGUACACACUACUACGGCGGUAAUCACCCACCAAUGUCCUUGGCCAUUCCCUCUUCCGCAUCUCUCUGGAGAGGAUAGGGCCGACACUGCGCCCUCCUCCCCUAAGCCUGUCCUCGGAAUGGUCUGGCAGAAAAACCAUCCCCCAAGGUCACCAGAGCUCUACAGUGGGCGCCCCCGAGAACUGAUUUAUUGGCGGUUUAUUUGGAGAAACGCUAUCGCUCUUAGAUUCCGGAGGGGGAGGAAAACACGCUCGCGGUGGACUUUAACCUUGGGCUAAAACCACAGCGCUUUGUUUUCGGAGGCGCUUCCUGGGGCGCCGCGGCAGGAAUGGGGCCUAGCCGGGGAAGCUCUGCGGGAAUGUGGCCCAGCAGCCUCCACUCCCAGGUUGCACUCCCGCCUGCCCGGGCAAGCGUUCAAAUUCCUUUGGGCCCAGGCGGAAGCCCUCCGUUCCUCUAACAGUGCUUCUAGAAAUUCUAGGAAGGAGGCGAGGCUCCUUGAGCGAGGCGUCCUUGAAGCGAGGUUUCCAAACCCUCCCAACCUAAGCCCCUGGGAUCUGCCACCCGCCGUUCGCAGUCGUGUCACUGGCGUGGUGAGGUUUUCGGGAGGCACCCAGGAAGGGCUGGAUACUCCGGCUUCCGCGCACCUGAAGUCCGGAGCAAAACCCCGCUGCAAGUGGUUGGCUCUGAAGGCGCACAUGGCUGGCUUGGCUUGUGCAAGCCACCAGCGCGAAGGCCUGUUCCCGCCCCUCUGGCAGAGAUAAACUAAGCGUUAUUAUUGCAAAUGCACUCUCUUUGGAUCUGCUCCCCGCGACUGUUGCGGUGUCAAAACCGACGCCUCCACCAGGCAGCCACAAGGGCAAGACCAAUUCCCGCUUUCCCCUUGGUUGCGCCAAAGCGCGCAGCCAACAAGGGCUCUAAGCUGGGACCCCGGUUGAGAAAGUCCUGGGGCAUCCGGCAGCACAGAGGGUGGGUACCAGAUGAGCCCCUGCCUCCACGCAUGGUGCCCACAGUCACCCGCCCCCUUGGUGAAAAAAAAAAAAAAAAAAAGCCCAUCAUGCGCCCAUAGAGUGCUCCGCGGAGGCGCAGGAUGAAGGCAGGGUCCAUGGAGAGGUGGCAAGCUGAAUUCUGAGAAGCCGUUCUAACCCUGACCCUGGCGUCGCCCCUCCAUGGUGCAGAUGGCACCGGAGUUGAGCUCGAGCAGACAGCCGUGCUCCCAUCCCAGUCCCACCGAGCCUUCCUAGGAGGAAAUGCCGGGCCCUGUCGCCCCUACCCCAAGGCGGUGAUCCUGUGAAGCUCGGGCCACCUCAGGGUCCAGCGCCCUCAGGGAUGGAUGGUGUUGGCACGGAGGGACGAGGCCGUUCCCUCUCUUUGGCAAACGGAGAAGCUCCUGGCGUGGUUCCCUGAGCAGUCUCGGGGGUCCCCAGCCCGUGAUGGGGUGAGCAGGGCGUGUGGCGCGGCCCAGGACGCCAGGCCGGCCCAGAACACCCGCGCGUGAGCGGCGGGAAGGAGGGCCCGCCCCGAGAUUUAUGGCCGCAGUCGGCCCCCUGCGCACCAAGCGCGUCUCCGUCCUCUCCUAGCCAAACAGUGGAGUGGAGGACCCGACCCCGGCUGGAGGAAGAGGCCAGGGCCGGAGGCGGGGCCGAGAGGAGCUGGAAUCCAUCGGGGCUGGGCCUGGCGCAUCAGUCCCAAUUCUGCCCGCCUUGCGCCCUCGUCUCGAUAGGGUGUGGGGCGCCGGCGCCGCGUCCCUGGUCUUCCAGGCAGGUCCGGGCAGCUCCCGGCUGGGUUGGCCUGACCUCGACUUGGUGCUAUACUGCAGCUGGGCCUGUCGCAGCGAGGGGACGGCGAAUGUGGCUUUCGCUUUCCCGGGCACAGCCUCUCUGGAUUUUAGCCGCGCCCGCCAGACACGGCAACUGUGGAAACAAGCGCUUAAGAUACCCGGCCACACGGCCUCUGAGAGGGCGGCAGAAGCCAGCGAUCCCUCGGGGUCCCCUUCACCGAGGUGCCAGCGGAGACUGGGGCUUCGGUCACCACCUGGAAAAGGGGCUGGGGCAACCGGCGGAGUGGCUCGGGUGCCGAGCCAACGAAAGGAUACCGGCUUUUUUCCCCCUCUGAGGGGGAUAAGGGGAGACCGGGUCCGAGCGGCCAGCAACACCAGGAUUCGGGAAGAACCGGUGUUCAACGCUGAACUGGGAGACGCUGUGUAAUCGCGGGAGUUGUACCAGCCCGGUGCGGGGGCACCGAGCCUGCGCCAACUAAAGCGCGACAGGGGAGACGGCCGGGCUCAAGGUUGGCCUGUCCUUUGGUUUUAAAACAAAGAGGGAGAAUUUUGUCAGGUGGGACGCGUCCAGGGAACGGGCGGCCUCGGAACACGGGAAAGGCCUCCACUCGUUACCCAGACUGGCCGCGGAGAAGCGCGCUGGGCCAGGCCUCGGCUACACUGGGCAGAUUCUCCCGCAACUGCGGUUUGGGGUUACAAGGAAGAACCCCCCCACCCACAGCCGAUUUUCCACCCACUCGGUACAACACACACACACACACACACACACACGUUUUUGGCCACACACACACACACACACGAGUUUUUGGCCACCUAUCCCGCUAGGUAAAC